AUGAUGUACAUGAGCAUACUAGGGCCGUAUCUUCAGUCACAGCCUUAUGAUUCACUUUCCCCAACGGACAAAAAAAUUCUUGGGCAAAUUCAACAUCUUUCUGCCGGCAAUUCAGUGUUCACCAAUCGUUCUAAUCGACCUCCUUUCAUUGUCAAACGAAAGUUCACAACUGGCGCUGAAGAUGAGUGCAACGAUAAAUGCGAAAUUGUUGUAAUGCGAGGAAUUUGCAGUGCUACUUCACUUUGCGAAGGGGUCGAUUUCGCUGAGGAAGACGCGUCCUGCGAGGGUUUCUCUGGUCGGCUCUGCUUCAAGUACGAAAGAAAGUGCAUCACUCCCUGUCUGGAGAAAACAGAUGAUUGA